GCGCAUGACCCACUACAGAAUGACGCACACACGCUCAGCAUCCUGGUCUCCCCAGCGGGAUCUACUAGAAUCCUCUCUUAGCGAGCCACUCCGCAACGUCCUCCGAGAAUACGUGCCGUCAGCCCUGAUACAGAACAAUGAAAACAACAGCUCCUCCCAAAACACGGCCACUGUUAACAUGGGUGAUGAGGAGGAUGACAGGGAACACAAUAACAACAACUCUCCUGGGUAUCUGGACUUCACGGCUUGUUUGAGUCUCGCUAAGAAGGUCCUCCCGUUUGUUGUGCUGAUGUUGUUGAGAUGGGUCUGGGAACACAGAACUGGGAUUUUCGUACUUAUCGGACUUUUCCUGGCGUUCCUACACUUUAAUAAAACUAUACGGAGGCACGUCUCACUCCGAGACAGACGUCACGUCUCCACCGUCGUGGCAAACAUGUUGUUCCUGGCCCUGAACGUCCACAUUGUUUACUACGUGUUUUACAGUGAAAGACUGUAUCGGUGUCUGUAUUUCAUGCCUCCUGAGCUAGAGAACACGGUGUGGGAUGUGUUGUGGGCGGUGGGUAUAACUGAUUUCAUGGUUAGGUUCGGGGUGAUGUUCGUUAAGUGUAUUUGUAUCAUACAGUGGAGAUGUCUUGUCCCGUACAAGUCACGUGGUAAAUGGUACAUGUUACUGGAGAAUUUAUCCCAUUUUUAUCGAGUUCUCCUGCCCUUUCCACGGUGGAUCUCAUUUUUCAUGGAAGAUAACCAGGGCCUUAUCAUGGGCCUCCUCCUCUGUGGUAUUUAUGUCAGCAUCAAGUUAUUCCAAGUGUUUUCCAAGAUGUCAGAACUAUGGGCAGUGGUCCGUUUCUUCUUCAGGGAUCAGUACUACGGCAGCCUGGUGGACAAGUCCGUGCUGUCGGACACUCAGUGUCCCAUCUGUCAGGAGGACCUGGAUGAGCCUAUAAUGUUGCACUGUAAGCACGUAUUCUGUGACGAGUGUAUAACCUCGUGGUUUGACAGACACCCCACGUGUCCUAUGUGCCGCGCGAGGAUCACCACUGCUCCCCCAGUCUGGAGGGAUGGGUCUACUUCUGCACUUGUCCAGUUCUUUUGAAUGUUCCUCUGUGUAAUUUGAAACUCCAUGUCUUGUAAUGGUGAGAUUGUGAGACACUCGACAGUCGACAUGCUUAUAUUGAGUUGGCAUCGGUCUACAACAUUUUGUGAAUGCCUAUGGCUGAGAGCUACGUUUUUGUGUUUUAAAAUUGACGUCCGGGUAGCAAUUUCUAAUUUUAUGAUAACAUUUGCAUCGCAUGAUUGUAACCUCCUCAUUACGCUAUAAUGUUUAAAUGUUAUCAAGCACCAGUAUUCGAUAUUCGAUGUAUAUAAAUGCAUAUCAUAUUUCGUUAAUGUAGUUAAAUACUUCGGUGUUGUGAUAAUGUAUCUGCUGUUAAUCUUUGCUCUUGGUAUUAAUAAUGUACUUCAAUUUGUAUAUUUAUUUUCGCAUUAGGA